AGAAUCCCAACAACAACCAUACAGAUGUCACCUUUGAGACGGUACCAGAAGGCGCUACACAAUAUGUGAAGUCCAUACCACAACAAGGAGUAUUUGUGCUAAAUUUAGUUCAAAAAGUAAUAGUUGAUGAUGUCUACGAGGAGGAAGAAGAAUCGAAAUAA